GCCUCUCAUUGGACAUGCCUUACCACGCCGUGUAUCCCUUAUGGCCUAUAAAUAAGGGCGAGGAGCCGUCGCUGGUCCGCCAUUUCGUGGACGCCGGGUUAGCGAGAGAUUCCGUGGGGUCUGAGUCGGAGGGGUGCCGGAGGACCGUUGAGCUGUUUGGAUUUGAGUCUCCGCACUUCUAACACCAGACCUCGAGAUGCAUCGUGAUUCCUGCCCAUUGGACUGUAAGGUUUAUGUAGGGAAUCUUGGCAACAAUGGCAACAAGACUGAGCUGGAACGGGCUUUCGGCUAUUAUGGACCACUACGAAGUGUGUGGGUUGCUAGAAACCCUCCCGGCUUUGCUUUUGUUGAAUUUGAGGAUCCCCGAGAUGCAGCUGAUGCUGUCCGAGAGCUAGAUGGAAGAACAUUAUGCGGCUGCCGAGUCAGAGUGGAACUGUCCAAUGGUGAAAAAAGAAGUCGAAAUCGUGGCCCUCCUCCUUCUUGGGGUCGUCGCCCUCGAGAUGAUUAUCGUAGGAGGAGUCCUCCCCCUCGCCGCAGAUCUCCACGAAGGAGAAGUUUUUCUCGCAGCCGGAGCAGGUCUCUUUCUAGAGAUAGGAGGAGAGAGAGAUCCCUGUCCAGGGAGAGAAAUCACAAGCCGUCCCGGUCCUUCUCUAGGUCUCGCAGCCGAUCUAGGUCAAAUGAAAGGAAAUAGAAGACCAGUUUGCAAGAGAAGUGGUGUACAGAAAUUAACUUCAUUCGACGGGAGUAUGUACAGAAAAUUCAAGUUUUGUUUGAGACUUCAUAAGCUUGGUGCAUUUUUAAGAUGUUUUAGCUGUUCACCUUUGUCUCUUGAAACAGUGACACAUGAGGAUGUAAUUCUCUAUGGUUUGAGAUGGAUCAUAUGAGGCAUGUAAUACCACGAAUUGUUACUUUACAAUGUUCCCUUAAGCAAAAUUAAAUUUGCUUUGAAUUUUAGUUUUGCACAGACUGAAAAUAAACCUCUAAAUUCUACCCAGCUAAAGUGUGAUGUUCUAAUGUUACAGAAACAAAACUGACCAAGACUUGUUUCAUAGCUGGGAUAGUAGUGCGCAGCUGUAGGUAAAUGCAGUCUUAAAGCAGCUGUGACCAUGUUAGCAGGUCAAAAUAAAGGCUGAACAUGAAACUAGGUGAGAGAGUUUUUAAAAAUGGAACUAGUGUUUACCCUGGGCAGAGUUUGCCUGGUGGUAUAGAAUCAGAUAACUUUGAAGAAAGUUUACCUUUGCUUAGGUCACACGUUCCUUAUGUGAUGCUGUAUAUGAAGACAUAGCUGUUUGUAACAUUCUUUAUUUGAAACCUGAGAUUUCAAAAUUCCAGUGUCCUGCCAGUUUAAGGGUACAUUGUAGAGCUGAACUUUUGCUUCACUGUGCAAGAUUUUUUUUCAUGCUGUCAUUUGUAAUAUGUUUUGUGAGACUCUUUGGGAUUAAAGUUUUGGUUACAAAUUGUUAUUUAA